GUCAACAGGAGGCCGUCCGCCAUGUUCAAGGGUUCUUUGAUGGCGCAUUUGUAAGCGAGGACUAUGCAGUCAGCGAAUUUUGGCUAUUUUGCUGGUUUGUGAAUUUAUUCAAGCUAAUUUUGUUGAUUUGCGUGGCGAUGCCGUCAUACUGUGUCGUUCCACGUUGCACUCAGAGUGGAAAUAUUGGAGAGGACGGAAGCAAGGUCUCUUUUCACUGUUUUCCAGCAGACAAAGAGCUCCGGAAAAAGUGGCUCGUUGCCAUAAAGCGUGUUCCAGACUUCGACGUAGACACAGCUCGCAUCUGUUCGAACCACUUCAUUGCUGAUGACUUCGUAAGGAAUGUUGCCAGUGGGCGGAGGAUACUACAUGACGGAGUCAUCCCUUCUGUGUUUUCAUUUCGUGAGCUGCCAAAGAAGCGUAGAGCUCCACUGCAGAGAACCAUACCGCCAAGGCCACAAAAAGCUAGAGCAAGACCGCUACGAGAGGUACAGCAGAACGAGGGCGCAUUGUCACCCAUAGAAAAUGCUUCACUAGCCGCGGACACUGUGUUUGACACCAUGAACAACGCACAGGGGGGGCAAAGCGAUCCAAGCCUAACCUACAACAUGCAGCAACAGAAUGAAAAUGAAAACGUGCUGACAAAGGAAGAAAGGCAAAUACAAGAGCUGCAGCGAGAAUUGAAAGAAGCAAAAUCAACAAUAGCGAAACUGCAAAGGGAAAAUGAGCUGCUCCAGGAAAGGUGUAGAAAGUAUGAAGCUGUGCCCGCAGAAUUUUCCGUUGAGAGAUUUAAGGAUGAUGAUGACAGCUUUCAAUUUUACACUGGGCUGCCCAGCUAUGGAGUCUUCAAAGCCGUUCUUGACUACCUUGGCCCAGCAUCACAAGACGAGGGUAUGCCAUGUGACGACCAACCAACAUUUUCCCGGCGGGGUCGAAAAACUGUUCUCAGCACAGAGGACCAGUUGUUCCUAGUGAUGGUCAGACUAAAGCUUGGACUGUUCCAAAAAGACCUCGGGCAUCGUUUUGGCAUCCACCAGAGCACCGUGAGCAGACUCUGCACUGACUGGAUAAACUUCUUGUACCUACGUCUGUGUGAGCUACCACUAUGGGCCACCCGGGAAAUUGUUGACAAGAACAUGCCACCAGCCUUUGUGGAUAAGUAUCCAAGGACACGGGUCAUCAUUGACGCCACAGAAAUAAGGUGUGAAGUCCCAAGUUCUUUUGUUCUACAGUCUGAGACAUACUCAAACUAUAAAUCAUGCAACACAUUCAAAGGUCUGGUUGGAAUAUCACCAGAUGGCCUUGUCACAUUUGUGUCAGCUCUGGCUACAGGAUCCAUCUCGGAUAGAGAACUUGUCAAGAAAAGUGGAUUUCUUUCACUCCCGUUUACGGAGGGAGAUGUCGUCAUGGCAGACAAAGGCUUCACAAUCGGUGACCUUCUGGAACCACUGAAAGUGGAGCUGAACAUACCACCAUUUCUGAGACAACAACAGUUUGCAGAAGAGGACGUGCUGGAAACUGAAGCAAUAGCGUCACUCCGUAUUCACGUUGAGCGCAGAAUUCAAAGGAUCAAAAACUUCCACAUAUUCGAUCGUCGCAUACCCAUAACAAUGGCUCCCCUGAUCAAUCAGCUGUGGACUGUGUGUGUUAUACUGACUAACUUUCAAUCAUCUCUGAUAAAAGAUAGCUGAAUUGCACAGUUGUAAAGGAAUCAUGACACGCAAGACCCUGUUUCACCAACGCCGAUUAACACCUGAACAGGGAUGAGCGAUCCCUUAACAGUGUUUCACUAAAGGGAGUUAUUGUCACUGAAACAUUCAUCGCGUCACCAACUGACGUUUGUAAAAAAAAUUGAGCAGUACCUUCAAGUUUUAGCAACAUUUGAUCUCGGUUCAAAGUUAACCGGUGUUUGGUGAAAUCGUGCCUGAGUGUUCUAAGUGAAGACUAUUCAGAUGAAACUGUUCCAACUUUAUUCCAAGUAAGGCACACUGACUAGAUUGCUUAGGAAAUGCCGAGCAUGUAUAGUUAAGGAGUCACUCCCUAUGUAUAGUACGUCAUGUAAUCCCUGACCCUGCUUGAAUAUGUAACCUAAGAACUUUUAAAGGACAUUUGUUCAAAAAUAAAUCUGUGUUCAAUGUA